AUGAUUCCUUCAACAAACAGCACAGAGGUCCUCACCCCCGCCGACGGCUCCAACGAUAGCAAAGGCACAACGACUCCUGCAACCAGCACCGAGGACGCUGAAAUGCAUGAUGAUCUCCCCCAGAAUGAUACCCAUGAUGAGGUUGCCAUAAUAGGCAUGGCAUGUCGCGUCCCAGGAGACGUGAAGUCCCCCUCCGCAUUGUGGCAGUUCCUCCUCCAAAAAGGUGAUGCUUCAGGUGACAUGCCUUCCUGGCGCUGGGAUCCCUAUCGACAGCGCCAUCCUCGUAAUGCCGCCGUACUGGCCCAAACCACCGCGAAGGGCUACUUCCUCAACGACAUCGACCAGUUCGAUGCUGCAUUCUUCGCCAUUUCCCCACGCGAGGCGGAGCAGAUGGACCCCCAGCAGCGCAUUGCCCUUGAGGUUGCCUGGGAGGCCUUGGAGGAUGCAGGCAUCUCUCCCUCCCAUCUUGCAGGUUCAAACACUUCCGUAUACAUGGGUGUCAACUCUGAUGAUUAUGCCAAGCUGGUCUUGGAAGACCUUCCCGAUGUCGGUGCCCAUAUGGGCGUUGGCACGGCAUACUGCGGCAUCCCCAGCCGUAUAUCCUAUCUGCUGGAUCUGAUGGGUCCCAGCGUUGCACUGGAUGCGGCCUGUGCAUCAUCUCUAGUCGCGGUACACCAUGCCCGACAGGCUAUCCGUGCUGGUGAGACCGAUCUAGCCAUCGCAGGUGGUGUCAACGCACUCCUGGGACCCGGGUUGACCCGGGUGCUGGAUGAAGCUGGAGCCAUAUCGGCGGAUGGAAAGUGUCGUUCCUUCGACGACUCCGCUAGCGGGUACGGCCGAGGCGAAGGAGCGGGUGUCGUCAUCCUAAAGCGUCUGGAUAAAGCCCUGGCGGACGGUGACCAGGUGCUGGCCGUACUCAAGGGUACUGCGGUGGCCUCGGAUGGCAAGACGCUUGGUAUCAUGGCACCCAAUGCGCAGGCACAGCUUCUUGUUGCCCAAAAGGCGCUCAAAGAGGCAAAGGUGUCGUCUGACUCCAUCAACUAUAUUGAGGCCCAUGCCACCUCCACAUCACUGGGCGAUCCCACAGAAACGAGCGCCCUAUCUGAGGUGUACGGUGUGGGAUCCGGAAGGCAUCCAUCCGACCCGUGCUAUAUCGGUUCCAUCAAGCCGAACAUCGGCCAUUUAGAAGCUGGUGCUGGUGUCAUGGGUCUCAUCAAGGCGGUGCUUGUGCUUCGCCAUGGCCUGGUGCCUCCGCAGGCCAAUCUGCAGACGUUGAAUAGCAAGAUCGCAUGGAAGGAGAGCUUGUUGCGCCCAGCGCGCGAGCUAGUGACAUUGCCCCAUGGCAGCCCAUCACGACCGCUGCGGGCGGCGAUAGCAUCGUACGGAUACAGCGGCACCGUGUCGCACGCCAUUAUUGAGGCCUUUCCAGGAAGAUCCUUAUUCGCCGAGCGCCUAGCCCAGAUCCCGGACAGUGAAGCUGUACCAGUCCUCCUUCUAUUAUCCGUGCCUCAAGCGAACCGAAUCUCCACAACAGCCGGUGGCCUAAGCCAGUGGUUGCGCGACACUGAUGGAGCGGUAUCCCUGGCGACACUCGCCUCUACGCUAUCGCAGCGCCGCGCACAUCAUCGCUUCCGCCAUGCCAUUGUCACUGAUUCGGUCGCAAAUGCCAUCUCUACCCUCGAUGAUCUGACUAAGGAUGUGCCAAAUCGCUGGGCGAUCAACGACCGAAUCGGAACCGAGGCGGCCAAGGGCACGGUCUGGGUGUUCUCAGGCCAUGGUGCGCAGUGGCCCGACAUGGGUCGCGAAUUAUUCCACUCUAGUCCGGCAUUCGGGGAAGUAGUUCGCAACCUGGAGCCGAUCAUUCAAGCCGAGUUAGGAUUCUCCGCGAUUGAAACCCUGCAUGUCGGUUGUCCGGAUCGCACUGAUGUUAUCCAGGCGAUGACAUUCCUCAUGCAUCUGGGUAUUGCCGCCGUGCUAGAGGCCGAGUCCGGUCCUCCUACCGCUGUCGUGGGCCAUUCCCUGGGCGAGGCCGCCGCGGCAGUCGUCUCUGGUGCUCUGACAUGGCAUGAAGCAGCGCUGGUAGUAUGUCGGCGAGCGCGUCUUUAUCGUGAAUUCAUAGGAGAGGGUGCCAUGGCCCUGGUUCGGCUGCCGGCCUCUGAGGCCCGUGCUCGUAUCGCCACGCACCCCGGCGCGUCCGUCGCAAUCGAGGCAUCGCCGACCGCGUGCAUAGUUUCUGGCACUGUUGACGCGGUCCAGAACAUAUCCGAACAAUGGCAUGAAGAAGGUGUCGAGGUGCGUGCUGUCGCCACAGACGUGCCCUUCCAUACACCACUGCUGGAGAAGCUGGCAGGCCCCCUCCGCGACGCGCUGAAGGGCGAGCUCCAUCCUCAAGUGCCACAUCGGGCGCUCUAUUCGACUUCACUGCUGGAUCCACGCUCAGAUGUACCACGCGAUGCGGAAUACUGGGUGAUGAAUAUGGUCCAACCGGUCCUACUGCAGUCGACAGUGGCAGCACUCGUGGACGAUGGAUUCCGUGCAUUUGUGGAAGUGGCGAGUCAUCCCAUCAUAACGCACUCGAUCGUCGAAACUAUUAGCGAGCAGACGACGGACCGGUUUAUUGCGACCCCCACGAUGUUGCGUAAACAGCCGGCGCUCAAGAGCAUCUUGGCCGCCGUGGGCCGUCUGCAUUGCUUCGGCUGCGCUGUGAAAUCUACAGAUCUUGACCCAACUGCGCCAUGGAGUUCAUCAGUGCCCGGUACAAUCUGGCAUCACCAGCCAUUCUAUCGCGCUGUGAGCGGGAUGACGGCCGCACAACUGGCGCCAACACACAAGCCUUCUGCCAAUGACCUGCUAGGUACUCGCACUGCGCUCUGGGGAACGGACGAGGUGCUUUAUCAAACGCGCCUCGACGAAGACAAUCGGCCUUUCCCCGGCCGUCACCCACUCCAUGGGUCAGAGAUCGUGCCUGCCGCUGUGCUCUUGCACACUUUCCUGCGUGCGCUCUCUCCCAGAAGCGUGGAGGAAGUGUCGCUCCAGGUGCCUGUAGUAGUGUCUCCGGCCCGCGAGAUCCAGAUCCGGCAUAACACGCGUAACAUCACUAUCACAUCUCGUCUAGAAGAGUCGACAAGCAAUGAAGAUGGCUCGUGGCUGGUUAAUACAACCGCGAGCGUGGGCGCAGCUGAUGCAGUACCCUCUCUCGAUCACGUCAACAUAGCGGAGAUCGAGAAAAGACUGCCACAGAAGCUGUCGGACAGCUUCUCGAUGGAUUACCUCGCCUCUGUCGGUGUGUCUGCCAUGGGAUUCCCAUGGAGGGUAGCUCACCAUGUGGCCAGCGACAAUGAGAUGCUAGCCAGGGUAGACGCCAAUCCGAACAGCCUGCCUGGCAUGGACGAUCUUUUGACGUCCGUCAUGGAUGCAGCAACGUCCAUCGCGUCGACCCUCUGGCACCGUGAGCCCCGACUCCGCAUGCCCACAGCCGUCCGUCGCGUCGUGGCUGUUGACGUAGCCACCCCGCAAGUUGUGUACAUCCACUGCACGAAGGCACAAUCCUCCGUCGAGGCAGCUGACGUGAUCAUCAGCAGCGAGGAUGGCACCGUGCUGAUCGAGGUUCAGGGUAUGGCCUUUGCCGGUGUCGAGGGUGAAUCGCUAUCGCGAAAAAGUACGUCUGGCCUGGUGCACCAAAUCAGCUGGCCACCUGCCGCUCUGGUUGAAGAACCGCUGGAAUUCACCCACAUCGCCUUCCUGGCACCAGAUGUCACCAACGCUCACGUUGAAAUUUACCAGAGACAGCUUGAGAGCAAAGGUAUCUCUACCUCUAUCCAUGAGCAUGCCUCUGACUUGCCCUUGGCAACUUAUUGGUCUCUGGCGGUCGUCUACAUCCCUCAAGUCACCGAUCAAAUAUUUGAGACUGCCACCAGCGCCUGCGAUGGGCUCGUCACAGCAGCCCAGGUCAUUCUGUCCUCCUCGAAUAAGCCCACUGUGCGCCUCUUCGCCCUCACCUCCGAAACCAACCUAGGCCACAGCGCCCUCACAGGCCUCGGUCGUAUUCUGCACACCGAACACCCCGAAAUCUGGGGCAGUCUCAUUGACCUCGAAGACCCCUCGGUCUUCCCACUCGUGGCAAUGCGCUACGUGCGUAACGCUGACAUCAUCAAGAUCCAGGAUGGGGUUCCGCGCACUGCUCGCCUGCGCCCACUCCGCCCCGCCCCGCUCCAACCAACAGCCGGACCAGCUGCUCUCACGUUCUCCCCAGCAUCCACAUAUCUAAUCACAGGCGGACUCGGCUGUCUCGGUCUCUCCGUAGCCCAGUGGAUGGUCAGCCAAGGUGCGAGACGUAUCCUGCUACUCUCUCGUCGCUCUCUACCGCCGCGCUCCACCUGGGCCGCCUCGCAUAAACCCGAGACCCAGUCUAUCAUCCAAAGUAUCCUCUCUCUUGAACGCCUCGGCGCCACUAUCUACCCUCUGGCCAUCGACAUCUCCCAUCCAUCUGCGGUGACCAACCUUCACUCGGCCCUCAAUACACUCAACCUGCCACCUGUCGCCGGCGUAGUUCACGCCGCUGGCAUCCUCCGCGACCAGCUUAUCGAGCAAAUCACCCCAGAUGCCUUUGAAGCUGUCCUCGCGCCGAAGAUAGCAGGCGCUUUGGCGCUGCACACUGUCUUCCCUCCCAACUCCCCUGACUUGGACUUCUUCGUCCUCUUCUCUUCUUGCGGCCAACUCCUGGGAUUCCCGGGUCAGGCAUCGUACGCGAGUGGAAAUUCGUUCUUGGACGCUUUGGCACGGUCACGCAGAAAGGAGGGCGAUAAUGCCAUCUCCCUCCUUUGGACGUCGUGGCGGGGCAUGGGUAUGGGAGCUAGUUCCAAUGGGGCCCUGGAGGCAGAACUGUAUGCUCGCGGAAUUACGGAUGUAACUUCGGACGAGGCGUUCCGUGCUUGGAGUUCUAUCACUGCCACUGAGGGUGCCGAUCAUGGUGUGGUUCUUCGUGCUCGGCCGCUUGAAUCUGGUCAGCCCCUGCCACAUGCCAUUCUGAGGGAUAUUGUAACGAGGAAAGAGAGAGUCGCGGAUGAGGGAAAUGGGGAGAAAGGAAAGGAGAGGAAGAAGUUGACUGGCAAAGAAUUGACGGAGUAUUUGCGCGUCGUUGUGAAAAAGUGUGUGUCGACGACACUAUCGAUCCCCGAGGAUGAGGUAGACGAGACAGUAGCGUUGCCGGAGAUGGGUAUGGACUCUGUCAUGACGGUGAACUUCCGCAUGAGCUUGCAGCAGACGCUGACGGUCAGUGUUGGACCAACUUUGGUGUGGAAGUACCCUACAGUGCAUCAUCUGGUUGAGUAUUUCUGCCAGGUGCUGGAUGAAUAG